UUGGUUCCCUUUCAGAAUGUAACCGAAUACAAUACUGCUUUGAAUCGGCGAAUACCUCAGCUUCCGAUUUCCGCCGAAGAGGCACGCCGUAAAAAACGUCCUCGCGGCAACGUUGCCUUCAUUGAACAAGAGGAGAUUAUCAAUCCAGAAGAUGUAGAUCCAAGUAUCGGGCGUUUUCGAAAUCUUGUAGCGACUGCCAUCAUUUCCAACAACCCAAACAAGAGAACAGCACCCACCAGCAAAGGUCAAGAACCUCCGCGAAAGAUCGUGCGACCGUUUCGCGAUGUUUCAUUUGCAUCACCGAUGUGCUCAACGUUGGGCGGUAUGUCCCUGAAUGCAGCUCCUGAUUUGGAGUUGUACAGUAAGACAUUACCUGAACCCGGACAACAUAAUCUGCAUCCACACAUCAUUCCGAUGGACAGCGAUGAACCGCAUAAGAAGAAAUAUGCGAAGGAAUCCUGGCCUGGAAGAAAGCCGUCAUCGGGUGUUUUGUAG